UUUUUCCCUUUCAUUUAGCCCUUUCUUCUUCAGCCUCCAAAAACCAGAGAGUAGAGUUACAGAGCCGCCGUCAAAAAUGGUGCAACGGCUUACUUACCGUAAACGGCAUAGCUAUGCAACCAAGUCGAACCAACAUAGGGUUGUCAAAACCCCAGGUGGGAAGCUGAUUUACCAGACUACAAAGAAGAGGGCUAAUGGACCUAAGUGCCCUGUAACUGGAAAGAGAAUUCAAGGGAUUCCACACUUGAGACCUGCUGAGUACAAGAGGUCCAGGUUACCUAGAAACAGGAGGACUGUGAACCGUGCUUAUGGUGGUGUGUUGUCAGGCAGUGCUGUACGUGAAAGGAUCAUCAGAGCCUUUUUGGUUGAAGAACAAAAGAUUGUGAAGAAGGUUUUGAAGAUCCAGAAAGCCAAGGAAAAGCUAGCAUCCAAGAACUAAGCCUUUAAUCCUUGAUGAUGUCGUGAGAGGAGUUUCUGAUACUGCAGGCUACUAGGAAAUCAUGACUGUAUUUGGAUUUUUGGUCUUGAGAUUUGUAUGUUGCUGGUUUUCGUUAAAAUACGAUAUUGGAGGCCUUUCUUCAGUUUGUCGAAAUAUCUGUUCUCGUAGGUAUCUUUAUUUUCUUCGUUCUGGAUAUUUAAACUUCUUAUGGAUAUUUGCACUUUAAUUCAACUAGGCUAUUCGUUCCA